GUUGCAAAAUCCGUAAAACAUGACAUUUAACCAGUCGUAUCAAAUCAAAUCAAAUGUUUAAAAAUGCUUUUUAAGGAGUCCAAAUAACACCUGCUGUGUAUGAAGAAAACGGGUAGAAACACUGCUAUGGUAACAUGAAACACGUGUUGACGUUGCAUUCUUUGUGUGUCCAUCAGCUAGUGGGGGCGGCCGGUGCUCCAGUCAUGACCUCUGGGAACGGGAACACUAACAGCAGCCGACACGAUGGAGAGAGCAAACCGGCCCAGGCCCCAGUGGAGUCCCACAUCCUCACCCAUCUGAUAGAGGGCUUCGUGAUCCAGGAGGGGGCGGAGCCUUUCCCCGUGGAACGUCCAUCUUUUUCCAUCGAUAUCCUCAGGAGACCCACGGCGGACUCCAAGAUGGAGGGCCUCCCAGCAAAGGAGCCAAAGGCCCAGAAGGAGCCCAUGCUGACCUGUGAGCUGUGUGGGAAGGUGGACUUUGCCUACGUCUUCAAAAGGUCCAAGAGGUUCUGUUCCACAGUGUGCGCCAAACGCUACAAUGUGGGAUGCACAAAGAGAAUGGGCCUCUUCCCGAACCGCCAGAGCACCUUGGAGAGCGUGAAGAAACACCGAGCGCCGAGUGGACACCUCAGAAACGGCUGUCUGGAGCCUAAGAAGAAGAAGCCGGCUGCGGCUCCGCCCCCCGGCCACUCGGCCUAUCCUGCUCAGGGGGAGUCCAGCCAGUGUUCGGACUUGUCCGGCUACGGAAGACCCCCGUCCCCCCCGUCGGCCUCCCAGCCCCGCGGCUUCCUGCCCGGGGACCCCGGCCAGUGGAACAUCCAGGACGUCUACGGGUUCAUCUCCGCUCUGCCAGGUUGCCUGGAGAUCGCCGAGGAGUUCCGCUGUCAGGAGAUCGAUGGACAGGCCCUGCUGCUGCUCAACGAGGACCAUCUCAUGGGGGCCAUGAACAUCAAACUGGGCCCUGCACUCAAGAUCUUUGCUCAGAUUAGCACACUGAAGGACUCGUAGCACAUCUCCACACACACACACACACACACACACACACACACACUAAUGUGUUGACGGCCGUGUGGGUGGAAAAUAGCACUACUUUCCUCCUGCCGUUACUAAGCAACCAAGACUUGGGCUGAAAUGAAGAUUUAGAGUAACUUGUUUGGGGACAAUUUCUCUGACCGUUUUAACCAGAUGUUGGGACGUCCUUCAACAACGAUGGUCCAAAUGGAGGAAACCAGCCGUGUGGUUGCAAAGAGUCUUCCGCCCAGCAGAGGAGCGCUGAGCCGCCGCCGCCGCCCUCUGACGGCUCGCGCCUGGGUUUUGACUUGCGUUGACGCUUUUGUUGUCUAGGUUGCUCUGAUCUGCCACAGAGACCCGUGUUCAUCCAUAAGCUGCCUCUCCGACUGAGUGUAGAAGUUUGUUUUAAUGAGGCACGGAAUUAAAUUCCAAGUAUAUUAUGAAUAUAGUAAAUAAACAGUUGAAACCAAUAAGGAACCCGUCUAGCAGCAUCGAUGCGUCUGUAGUGACGUUUAUUUGCGUUGCGUAGUUUGAGGGUCCUGGAUCAGGACUCUAGGAUGAGUCCUGACGAAGCGGAGGGAGCAUUGAAUGUCAGAGCGCUCAGCCUUGAUAUUCAAUCAAUUAUAACAGUUUAAGAAGCAUUUCAAAACUUGAUUGACUCAAUAAGCCGUUUGUUUCUGGUGUGUGUGUCACUGUGGGAAUGUGUAGCGGUUUUAAUUGCACACACACCUCAGAAGGAGCACGAGUGCUGACGUGCAUCCUUUUCAGACUGAAUGUUUUUCAUGGAAAAUCACAUCCUGUUGAGCGACUUUCCUUCGUCCUCAUUCAGCCUUCACACAGUAAUAAACUAUUUCAUUGAUGAAUAAUAAGCAAAUUCAAA